AUGUCUUCCUCAGUACCAUAUGAUCCAUACGUUCCAGCUGAAGAGACCUUUGGUCAAAAUAAUUCACAAUCUAGAACAGCUGCUUUACAAGCAGAAAUAGAUGACACUGUGGGAAUUAUGAGAGAUAAUAUUAAUAAAGUGGCAGAACGUGGUGAAAGAUUGACAUCUAUUGAAGAUAAAGCAGAUAAUUUAGCUAUCUCUGCUCAAGGUUUCAAAAGAGGUGCUAAUAGAGUAAGAAAACAAAUGUGGUGGAAAGAUUUAAAGAUGCGUAUGUGUCUUGUUUUAGUGAUCAUUAUUCUACUGGUAGUUAUCAUUGUUCCAAUUGUGGUUCACUUUAGUUAG